AGUGCGAGGCAGUGUCACACAGGCAGGCAGGACACGCAGGUGGCAGUGUGACGCUUGUGCGCCGCGCGGACCUGCCGGGACAAGAAAGGUCACCUGUGCGCCAGGACACCUGUGCGUGUGUCCCGGCCACUGUCACCGCCGCGGCCACAGCCCCGGGCGGGCGGGCGGGCCCGGCGGGCGGGUGACAGCCGCACCCUGGAGCGGGCGGGCGCUUCCCGCCUCCCUGUCCCCAUCCCUGUCCCCGCCGAGGCCACUCCGGCUCCGUGGCCCCAGCGGACACCCCCAUGCAGCGGGAGCGAGGGGAGCAGAGCCCAGGAGCCCCUGAAACCGAGGUCAAGGCUGUCAUCGUGGGGGAUGGCGGCUGCGGGAAGACGUCGCUGCUGGUGGCCUUCGCCAAAGGGGACUUCCCCAAGGUCUAUGUCCCCACUGUGUUCGAGAAGUACACGGCGUCCCUCCAGGUUGCCGGCAAGCCCGUGAAGAUCCACCUGUGGGACACAGCAGGACAGGAAGAUUAUGACAGGCUUCGCCCUCUGUCCUACUCAGAUGCCAACGUUGUCCUCAUGUGCUUUGAUGUCACCGACUCCAACAGCUUUGACAACAUCCUAACAAAGUGGUACCCGGAGGUGAACCACUUCUGCAAGGGGGUCCCGGUGCUGCUGGUGGGCUGCAAGACGGACCUGCGGCAGGACCAGGAGGUGCUGCAGAAGCUGAAGGACGGACGGAUAGAGCCCGUCUCCCGCCAGCAGGGAGAGGCCAUGGCCCGGCAGGUCCGCGCCGUGUCCUACAUGGAGUGCUCGGCCAGGUACCAGGAUAACGUCGGGAACAUCUUCGUGACAGCCUGCAGUGCCGCCAUCAGUGCCGCCCGCCGGAGGCAGCGCAAGGCGGGACCCAGGAGGGUCUGCUCCAUCCUCUGAGCCCCCCGGCUCGGCACAGCCCCCUCGGACAGCCACCGCUGUCCCCGAGCUCCGACCGCAUCGCGGCUGCUGCCACACCUCUGCCUCCGCCACCGGAGUGCCGCUGCUGCCACCCUCCCGGCCCGGGGCUGGCACCGCCGGUCACCACGGGGUGACAGCAGGAAAGCAUUCCUGGCAUGAACUGUCACGCCUGCAUCCCAGAGUUCCUUUCCCGCUGGGGAUGCCCGCGUCCUGUCCCUGUCCCGCCAGGAAUCCAUCCCAGCGUCCUGUGCCAUCACCCCCUGCCAGCCAGGCUCUGGGGACACAGAACUGAUUUGGGGCUGCCCUUCCCGCUGGCAGGCCAGCGCUGGAGGGUGACAGGCAUGACUGCAGGGCCAUCUUCUGCCAUUAAAGUGACACAAAACUCA